CUUAAUUGUUUCUUUGGCUUUUUUUUGCUGCUUCAUCAACACCUACUACAUAGACUAAUGGGAAUAUGGAGGAGUGACAGGUACAGGAAGUUUCUAGAUGCUAUAACUAGAUUUAAAUCUUUAGUUUCCCUCCACUCAUCGUUACCUCUCUUGGAUUGGUUUGAAAUUCACAUUUUUAAAUUCAUCUGCUGACAGUGAAAAGUUUCUGUGCUCAGUUUGAGAUUACAGCUUGUACCAGUGAACAUGCUUUGUGCCAUCACAACUAGUUUCCAAGCCAAAUCCCAGUCCAGUAACAGGCCCCUUACACAAGUGGAUCUGGAAACUUGAUGCCUGCAUUGCACAUGCACAGAGGGUAGACUUUAAGCGGUGUAAGAGACAUCUUGUGUCCAGUAUUUAACUUUUAAAAUGAAAAGUAAUUACAUAUUCAUAGAUUCCUUUUGAGGGAGGAGUAGAUUUCAUUUUAAUAAUUAAUUAAAAUUAAGUUAAAUGUCUGACCAUAAACUAUAUGAUGUCGCGUUUCCAAUUGCAAUGGUGUGUAGAAACAGCAUGUAGCCAAAUGUCUUAAUUGGCAUUAAUUGAUGGCACCUGGUGCAGUUUGCUCCAAUAUGGGUGGAUGCAGGAUUAUGAGGAAACCAUUUUCGCUGAGUUGAAAAUUACAUUAGCUUCAUAAAAAACAUGACUGACAGUGUUACAUAAAGCUGACUUAAUAUUUGGCAUGUUUUUUUUUUUUCAUUAGAGCGGGUCAGAGAAAUGAACGGGAUCUCGAGUCAACCAGCAGGAGGCGCUCGUCGUCACGCGCUUCCACCAGGUAGCGGCUACAACUUAGUGUUUAUUUUCGACUUCAUUUAUUUCCCUCAGUUUGACACCAGCGUGAGGCAGACGCCGCUUUUGACUCUUUUAGAUUUACAAACCCUGGAUAGGAAAGUCAACCAUGAACUGCAGUGGAGGACAUGCCAGACCCAGGCAGCAAGUUCUGCCCUCUUUCUCCACCAGGACCCUGCAGCACCCCUCCUUCCUGCCCCUGUACAUGGCUGCAGGCUUUGCGCACCAUCACAUAGGCUGUAACGACCAAGCAGUCCAUCCUAUCAUCCCAGUCGAGGUCUUCUACACUGACCCCGCCAUGAGCUGUGGCAGGAGGAUCCCCAACAUAGUGACUGAUUUGGGGCUCAACACUCCACCACCGGUAAUGUCCGCCUGUCUGGCUCCGCCAAACCGUCCAGACCCAUUCAGAUCUGGGCCACACCCCACUAGAGACCUGGGCUGCCCCAGGUGGAGAACGAACCCCAUCCACUCACCGGUGCAGCCAAACCGGGCCGUUCUCCAGCUUACCCAGGAGGAGGACCAGGCCAUCACUAACCUCCUGAAACUGCACCACCACGGGCCUAGACAAAGCGACCAGACCCUUACUGCUACACAAAUGGACUUUUUCAGUGUUGCGGGGCCACCAGUAAACUUGAACCCCUGCCUCUUCCCUAGACGAGGUUGGUCGGAUACGGAGCUUGAAGCAGCUGACACGCUCUUGAGUCGCUUCAGUCUCAUGGAAGAGGACAGGAUCUGGGAGCAGUGCCACCAGAAAUCAGCAGUAACACGUCUCGACCCUCCAACAUACCAGCACGACAUGGAUUUACCAAUAAACACUGACACCCGGCAAGAGUCUGAGGCUUUACCCACAUUAAAAGCUCCUCUCUCUCAGAGUGACAUCAGCUACAUCGGGUUUACUUGUGCCAGUGAGAACACAGAGCCGGUCUGGGGGGAUUCUAGGUCUGUUGAGGACAGAGGUGCCACUGGGUAUUUUUCAGAGGUGGGGGAACGGAUGCUCUCAGAUUUGGAGGGGGACGCUGUGCAUGUGCUCCUCAGCCUUGGAGACAUGGGAACUCCUGAUAUCUUGCAGUGACCUUAAACCUGAGGGGGUCUCCUUGCCCCUGGGUGUGUUUUCUUUUUUUGUUUUUUGAAAGGGCUUUACUACAUCUUCUUCAUUAUGGAAACUACUAGUUGAGCGUUUUUUGCUCUUUGUUUUUUCCGGUGGUUGCUCAGAAAAAAAAAGGAAAUUUACCUCAAAAGCUUUUGUUUUUCCAGGGUGUGAAUUUAUUUCCCCACUUGAACAAAAACGAAAACCGUAUUUUCAUGUCUACCUUUGAGUAUUGCACAUGCGCCUUGUUACUUUCCUUUCUAUCAGUGUUCAAUAAAAACGAUCCACAGAUGAGCCUGUUGCCUAGAAACAAACACCUACAGUAGCUAAAAAGACACAAAGUUUUUUAUUAAAAGCACUACUAGUGUUUUGAAGGAGAGAAUCCCCCGCUCAUUAUUUACAACAUAUUGUACAUUUACACUUUAUGCACAAAUAAUACAAACUCUUCACUGACAACAAGCUGCAGGGGGAGCUACAGUGUUAUUCCACAAUGGCUAGUGACACAAGCUAACAAGCUAGCCAACAGCACAGCUACUGAGACGUCAUGAACAGCUACAGCUCAGCCACCGUUUACAUGCAUUUUCAAAGGUCUUGUGCUUGACAUGGUCACGAGAGAAGUCUUGGUGUGUAGUUCUGUGUUUUGAGUUUAUUCAAAUGUACGUGACCAGAUUCUCCAUAGGUUUGUCUUCUGGUGAGAUAAGAUUCCUUUUUAAAUGUUCUUCAUUCGUUCAUUUCAUAUCAUAGGGUGACACCAGUCAGGUUGUUGUGUGUGGCAGGAAUGAAGGGACUUAACUUGUGUAUGCAUGACUCAAGGCAUUUUCUGGAAGGAACACCUGUCUCUUUUCUUUCUUUUCUCUGCAGCAGGUUUGACAUUUGUGCAAUCUGGUGGAGCUAUGGCUAGAAUGAUUAGCAUGUCACUUUGGCAGUUUCCCAGCAGCGCAUGAAGAGAAGUUAAUGCAGGGCUACAUGCUCACAAGAACUCUACAGCUGAAAUGCUGGAAUAUGCUGGUCUCUGUUAUUGAACGUAAACAUGCACAUACCACAUAGUUUCUUUGAGCAUCAGUAAUAAAUGAUUCACUUGAAGUUUCCAGCUGCUUUAGUGCACGCACAUGUACUCCAGUGGUAUAAAUAAUGAUUUAUCACGCUUCUCCUUUUGUCUUUCAUUUCCUGGUUGCUUGAAAAUGACACGACUCAUAAAGGUCCCUGAAUAAUCGUUGUA